ACUUUUUACUCUGUGAUAUGCUGUCAAGCUGUCAUUCAAUAUUUAAUUUCGUUUCGUACGCCUUGGAAGCGCUUUUUUACGUAAAAUACAUAGUAAAAUAGAAUUUAAUUUUAAAUCCAAUAUGGAUGUCUUUCUUAUGAUAAGGCGAAAAAAAUUGACCAUCUUCACAGAUGCAAAGGACACAACGACUGUGUUAGAACUGAAGAAAAUGGUUGAAGGCAUUCUGAAGGUGCCCCCACCAAGUCAAAUGCUGUUCAACAAGGACAGCCAGCUGAUGGAAGACGAGAAGACCCUCGCCGAGUACGGUCUCACAUCUGCCACGGCUAAGGCACAGUGUCCGGCUCCCAUUGGCCUCGCUUUGAGGAAAGAGAAUGGUGAAUUUGAAGCUCUUGAUCUGACUCCGUACUCCUCGCCACCCGACCUGCCAGACGUGAUGAAAUCCCAGGAGACCAAUGGACAGGAACAGAUGGAUCAACACUAAACGAAUUGGCAGCAAGCAAUAACUCGGCACCGCGCAACACUACCGCGCGGCGCCUGUAAAACAAAGUCACCAAUCUGCUCUCAGCAGACACCGUGUCCGCGGAUGCGUCAAUAAAACUAUAUUAUUUUUUGCAUAUGAACAUAUUUUGUUAAUAAUUUAUCAUCGAUUUGUGUAUAUUUUAACUUCCAUGGCCUUUAUUGUGCAGUUAAAAACUAACCUUAAUUCGUAACCCGUAAAGCUUAAAUUGCUGUGGAAAGCAAACUAAUGCGAAGCUAGGUGCAGUUGAAACUUCAGAGUAAAGGACAUGUUGUGUCUACACAUUUCUUUGUAGUAUUUUUGUGACGCUUUGUAUGAAGACUGUAGGGCUUUUUGUAUUUUAUUGCACUGUAAGAAAUCGAACCGCUUCAACGUUUUUUUUUAAUUUGUAUAGACAACAGCAUAUGAAAACAUUAUGUAGGUGGCUAAUCUUAAAAAUCUAAUUUUUCAUCUUGAUCUGACCAGGAUAUACUCUUGGCAUGUCAGCAUCAAAUAUAUGACCUACCCGAGCCUAAUAUAAUUUUAACAUAAUAAGCCACAAAAGGAAAUAUCAUUUAGUUUUUAUACGCUGUUGUUUAUAAAAAAAAAAUAACUGCUUGAAAAUGUAACAAUAGCCAUCUUUAUCACAUGUCAUGUAUCCUUGUUGAACCUUGUUAUCUUACACAUUUUAAUACUGAAAAACAUUAAUAUUUGCGAAAGAAAGAGAUAGACAAUAAUGUUGUUAUAGUUACAUUCUCUGGCAGUAACAGUAAGCGGAAAGUUGUUCAUUAUAUUACGAAAGCGCUCUCUUAAUUUGUACAGAGGACGCCGGAUAUAAAUGUUGGUCCUUUCGCUUAGAUUUCGUGGCAUACUUACGAAUUUCUUGAUAGGUUUUCCGUUCUCAACGGACUGACGGGUGUUAAGAACAGGUUUCCGCGGGCGGUAAAUAGAUGGAGCCACGUAGGUACAAAAAAGUGCGGCAUAUUGCCGCCAGAGUGCGUUAUUUGAAGUACCGUCAACUACAUAAAGCGCUACAUGAUUCAAGGCGCUCGUCUUCCGAUUGUCAUAGGUAAUUACAGAAGACAAUAUAUAGAUAUUCGACACCAGGCUGUCGUUUGAACGUCAAAAUGUGCCAGUUAUCUGAGCGAAAGGACUGACGCCUCUUUUUAUAUUAAACAAAAUAAAAUACGAACGUGAUCGCUUAUCGAUCAUUUUUGGCGCCAAAAUUUCCACACGCACUUAAAAACAAGAUUAUAACGUAUUACCAAAGCGGCUUGGACACGCCUGGCGCGUUUAUUUACACAUACAAACAUCUUAAAAGGGCCGUGUUUGUGAGGUUUUUAUUCAGUCGCAAUAAGCGUGUGAAAGAAAUGGACACUAGCGUCACAUUUAUAUAUUCAUAAACUUUUCAAAAUUAAGAAAUUCGAUUAUGCGUUUUUUCCAAAUAUAUUUUUUUUUGUAUUCUAAAAACGAAACAACGUGAAAAAGUGUUUUUAAAAUAAAACUUUUUACUAAAUGGCGCUAGUGGGUUGGAUUCUUGUUCGAAGGACCUAAGCUACUUAUUUCGUGGUCACGACAUUUAGACCAAACAUGAAAAUUGCCACAUUUAUAAAAUAAAUACUUAAAGUCUUACUUCACAUGUCAAGCGCGACUUUUGACAUUUUUUACACAUCUAAAUAAUAUUAUAUCUGCGGAAAGGAUAAUUUCGUGUUUGGUCCGACAUUAAAUUUAGACAAUUAACGCAUAAUUUCAUCUCAUUGUUAGAUAAGGGAUCGUUUGCACUAAAAAAAUCGUCAGUGUUACUAACAUUGAUAGCUUUUGCUUAACUUAUCUCAAAGGAGUUACCUCACGCCGUCAUGCAUCUACUUUAGAACGAUUUUUUACUAUGGUCACACCAAGAAUUUUGGCGAUAUAUUUGGGCCUUAGCGCUGACUGACUGACAUGUAAGAAAAAAUAAUAAAAAUAACAAUUGAACUAUCAUUUUUUAUUUUAUUUUACAUUUAAAUGACGAUCGUUCAUCCGGUCGCUGUCGUUUGAUGCGCUUGGUGUGGACCUAGCAAUAUUAUUUUAACGUCACCAUUAUAAUAAUGUGUGGCCUCAUUUAUUUGUUAACGUCCUGACGAAAUUUACGACAUGUAUUUUUAUCAGGCAGGGUGUAAGAAACGAUGGGCGAAUUUUUAAAUUUAGAACGCUGGCUGGUAACAUAACCUACAUACGGAAUUCCGUUUCGACGAUCACAGAACCUUUAAUCGUAGACACCACAGAUUUAUGUCAAUUUAUUUCUUUUAAUUAACCGUGCGUAUGUUACCGGCCUUGUAUUAAGCCACAUGUAAAUAUAAUAAAUACAAGCAAUUCACGCACACAAUGUGCUUAUAAGGAAAUUGAUGUCUACAGUGUUAUAUUGCUUGCCAAUUUUGUAUGCCCGAGAAUCGUUCUAAGGUUAAUAUAACAUAAUAAUAGAUCAUCUCAAAACGCUAUUUAGUCUGUUAACUGUCAUUUUCAUAUAAAAGUAGCAAAUAUUCAAGUGACAGGUUCAUACUUCAGUAGAUUUCUAUCAUUAUAUUUUUUUUUAUAUGUAUUCAGUGUAUGUAUUGGUUGUGUAAAAUUUAUGUAUAUCAUUCAAUUAUUGUAUUAGAUUUCAUCAUUUAUUUGAUAACAUGAGGGCAUCAUGUAAACAAUAAACAAAGAUUUUAUACAGAGUGUAACAAAAAGGCUUUACACUAAAGAAAGUCGGAAUAUUUGUCAAUACAAAGAUCUUUUCCAUAUGGACACUGGCUGUAAUAGAAAUAUUAAAAAGAAAAAUUUUCAACUUCUAUACAAAUUGUAACCAUCAGCUGUAUGAGAGGAUAACAUUAAAAAAAUAUUUCGAGCCGCGUCCCGGUAAAGUAUUUUGUACUGAUGAGUUUACUCAAUGUAUUAUGUAAGCCAUUUUUAUACACAUAUAUAUGUCGACAUUCAAAACUGAAUUUCUUUGUAUGUAAACUGAUCUCCAAUAAUAAUGCCCCCGGCAAUGAAUGUAAGUAUUCAGUUUUUAACAUAAAGAUCUCCGAAGCAAUAUGAUUUAGUAAACAGACUAUCUAGAAUCUUCAUGUAAUACAAAAUAAAUACAAUACAGUGUGUAAAAUAUAGCUUGAUCUCUGUAACAGAUGACUAAUGCAUACUUUUUAUGCUCUAUCUUUUUCACAUCUACGUCAUAGUCAUCUUUCCAUCCUGCUGUCACAGGUAAAACUAUAUGUUAUGGACUGUAAUGCGUUACUUUGAUCAUUACAUCGUGUGAAUGUACACAGUAUAAAAAUACGAUUUAUUUAAAUUAAUGAUACGGUAUUUUACUGAUAGAAUAGAAUGGAUUAUACAUAGGUAGUAGCUAAUUUAAUAGGGGUAAUUAGGGGCUUUUUAUAUUCGUAAAAUAUGGACUACGUUUCCUACAUUCUCAUUGUGAUUAGAUCUUCGUAUGAAAUCGAAUGUUGCGUAGUUCUUGAACGAAGGUUGCUAAUUUGUUUUCUCUUUUUUAUUUUUAUGUAAAGUUUUCUAUUGCACCUUUUUAAAUUAAAAUAUUGUGUAUAUUUUGGUUGGAAAUUCGAUUUCUCAUCGAUUUAUCCUAUACCUAUAUACGGUUACGAUGCGUUGGUGUGAUUGGAGUCUCGUAAGCUCUACUAUGGUGUCAUUACGACAGAGAAACGAAAGAAUACUACGAACGACUGAAGGCGCAGGAACGCCAAUUAAAAAAGUAUUGUGACACUAGAUGAUUGAAUGAAUCUGCGAUUUCUUUAAUAAUAACUGAUCCUAAAAUAAAAGAAAAAUUUAAAAAAAUACCUUGAAUAUUAUGUAUUCGAUUGUAACAAAUAAUAUACGUGUUAAGGCCAAUAAAUAAUUUCCAAUCUUUGACUAAACCAUUAUGAUUACCCAAUUCAACUUAGACUCAUGUGUGAAUACUCCAUUAUAUCUCACGACCUCCACUCACACCAGUCGCGGUGCAACAACUAGUUAAUACGAUUCAUAGUCACCAGAUAAAGAAAUGCUACCAAAUACAUUUUCAUUUUGAAAUUUAAUCCAAAAAUACUAGAAUAGUUGGGUAUUAAAUGGUAUUGCACUUUAAUGCACUAUAAAUAGGUUAGAUAAUAGAUAAGCCGUACGAUUAACGAUUACCACUACCAUUGGUUUGAUAGAUAAUCAAAAAAAUCAUCCGAAAAUAUUUUUCUGAACAUGUCCGAGACAUCGAUACCCUUUCCUGUGCAUGUUUUUAUAUACCAUUCUCUUUUUCAUUAUUAAAAGCAAAAAUAACCAUGGUAGUGGCUCGACGUGAAACUAACUAGUCGAUAUCGUAAAGAAAGUUCGUAUCGUUGGACCUUAUCUCGUUAUACUCAAAUUAUAAACUGGUACAAUUAUUAUGUGAUUGUCCAUUAAUUACUUCAUUCAAUGUAUUUAUUGGUUGGUAAAUGUUGAACGAUAUUAUCAGUCUCCGAAAGGUUUUGUAACAUUUUUUAGAACAAUUCGAACAAAACCGUUGGUUAAACAGAGACGAGAAUACUUAAUUUUAGUAUUUCAUGUGCAAAUAUGGAAAUCUACAAUGAACCAGCAGGAAAUAAAGCUGUUUUGAUUUGUUU